CCGAACAGUUAUUGUAGCACAUUAUCAUUCUAUUCUUUACAAUUUCGCAGUGUGCAGAGAAAUGGCCAUUGCUCUUAUCUGCAACCUUUUAUUACUCUUUUCUCAGAUUUGCAGUGCAGCUGUGACCAUCACCCAGCUCGAGCCACUCUCCGACAACGGCACCACCUUGGUUUCCAAGGAGGGAACCUUCGAGUUGGGUUUCUUCAGUCCAGGGAGUUCCAAUAACCGCUACAUCGGAAUCUGGUACAAAAACAUCGCUGUCAGAACAGUGGUUUGGGUGGCCAACCGCGACAAUCCACUCACACACAACAACAUCAACAAUUCAAGAACAAACAAGUUGGUCGUAAGCCAAGAAGGAAACCUCGUACUUUUCAGCCAGAACGAGACUCUUGUUUGGUCUGCAAAUGCAACGAAGAAGGUUCCGAAUCCAAUUCUGCAGCUUUUGGAUUCUGGAAACUUGGUUCUAACAGAUGCAAAUGAAGAGACUGUUUUUCUGUGGCAGAGCUUUGACUUUCCUUGUGACAAGCUGUUACCAGGGAUGAAGCUGGGGUGGGACUUAAAAAGUGGUCUUAACAGGAAACUAACAGCUUGGAAAGCAUGGGAUGAUCCAUCUUCUGGGGAUUUCACAUGGGGAGUGGAGUUAGGAAGCAACCCUGACAUCGUGAUGAGGAAGGGUGAAACGGAGUACUUUAGGACAGGACCCUACACUGGGAACAUGUUCAGUGGGGUAUACGGUCCCAGGAACAACCCACUCUACGAUUACGUUUUCGUCAACAACAAAGACCAAGUGUAUUUCAGAUACACCCUCAAAAACGCUUCCGUCAUCUCCAUAAUCGUCAUGAACCAAACCCUUUAUCUUCGCCACCGUGUUACGUGGAUUCCGGAGGCCAAAGCUUGGACCAUUUACCAGUCCCUCCCGAUAGACAGUUGCGACGUCUACAACACUUGUGGAUCCAACGGAAAGUGUGCCAUUGCAGGAUCACCCAUUUGCCAGUGCUUGGAUGGCUUCGUCCCGAAAUCGUCUCAGCAGUGGAAUGCCAUGGAUUGGAGAGAAGGGUGUGUGCGGAGUGCAGAGUGGAAGUGUGGGGUGAAAGACAGAGAUGGGUUUCGCAGAUUUGCGACUAUGAAAUUGCCCAACAGCACAGGUUCUUGGGUGAAUGGAAGUAUGACGCUUGAGGAAUGUAGGAAUAGGUGUUUGGCGAAUUGUUCUUGCACUGCUUAUUCGAAUUUGGACACCAGAGGAGGAGGUUCUGGCUGCUCUAUUUGGUUUGCGGAUCUUUUUGAUCUCAGACUUAUAGAAAGUGGACAAGAUUUGUAUGUUCGAAUUGCCACUUCCGAUACAGACGGUAAACACGGGCGGAGGAAAAAGGUAAUCGCGGUGGCUUCAGCCGUCGCAUCGUUGGUGUUUCUGAUGCUAUUAACAUUCUGCAUUUACAUGACCAAACGAAGAUAUAAAGGGAAAAUGAAAACAAAAAUGGCAACGGUGGAUAAAAAUGAAGGAAAACAAGAAGAUUUGGAGCUUCCUUUCUUUGAUCUUGCUACAUUGGUUAAAGCCACUAAUAACUUUUCAAUUGAGAAUAAGCUUGGUGAGGGUGGUUUUGGACCUGUAUACAAGGGUACAUUAGUAGAUGGACAAGAAAUUGCAAUCAAAAGACUUUCACGAAGUUCAGGACAAGGAUUGAAAGAAUUUAGAAAUGAAGUCAUAUUGUGUGCCAAACUUCAACAUAGAAAUCUUGUUAAGGUUAUUGGUUAUUGUAUUGAACAAGAAGAGAAGAUGCUUCUUUAUGAAUACAUGCCCAACAAAAGUCUUGACUUAAUUAUUUUUGAUACAUAUCAAAGUAAGUUUUUAGAUUGGCAAAUGCGCUUUAGCAUUUUGAAUGCAAUUGCUCGGGGACUUCUUUAUCUUCAUCAGGAUUCUAGAUUAAGAAUCAUACACAGAGAUCUCAAAUUAUCUAAUAUUUUAUUAGAUAAUGAUAUGAAUCCUAAAAUUUCUGAUUUUGGUCUUGCGAGAAUAUGUGGAAGUGAUCAAGUUGAAGGAAGUACAAGCAUCAUAGUUGGAACCCAUGGUUACAUGGCACCUGAGUAUGCCAUUGAUGGCUUGUUCUCUACGAAAUCGGAUGUGUUCAGCUUUGGAGUAUUAUUACUAGAAAUUCUUAGUGGGAAGAAAAAUAGAGCAUUUACCUUACAAGACAACAAUCAUAACCUUAUUGACCAUGCAUGGAGUUUGUGGAAAGAGGGUACUCCAGAGCAAUUAAUCGAUGCUUGUUUGGAAAACUCAUAUGAUGUGUUUGAAGUUGUACGAUGUAUUCAAAUUGGCCUUUUAUGUUUACAACAUCAUCCAAAUGAUAGGCCAAACAUGACAUUGGUUGUUGUUAUGUUGACCAGCAAGAAUGUUUUACCUGAACCUAAGGAGCCUGGUUUCUUAAUUAGAAGAAUCUCAAAAGAAGAAGAUUCUUCUAAUAGACAAACAUCUUCUUCCGUCAAUGAAGCAUCUAUCUCACUUUUAAAUGCUAGAUAAAAAAUAAUAAUUUGUUUAUAAUUAUUAGACAAAGUUAUGUAACAAAUACUUGAAUAUUCAUUGUCAUAUAAGGUGAAAUAUGAAUAUAUUUUUUCAGUUUUGAAAAAUAAA